GAACCGAGUUGAGCCCAGGCCUUCCUAGGCGAUUCCAACCCAAGGGUCGCUUGGCUUCGCCCAAUGAGAAUUCGUCCGCCUGCGCCCGGGAGCCAAUCGGAGGCCCCGCCGCUUAUGACAUCCGUUCGGCUCGGAGAAGAAACUUCCCGGCAGUCCUCUUGGCCAAGGGAUGGGAUCAGAGAGCAGCGUUUUAAAGAGCUACACGCUAAAAGAGCCGCCUUUUUCCCUGCCCUCUGGACUUGCCGUUCACCCUGCCGUGCUGCAAGAUGGCAAACUCGCUUCCGUGUUCGUGUACAAGAGAGAGAAUGAAGACAAGGUUAAUAAAGCUGCCAAGCACUUGAAGACCCUGCGUCACCCCUGCCUGGUCCGAUUCCUGUCCUGCACGGUCGAGGCGGACGGCGUCCACCUGGUCACCGAGCGAGUGCGGCCGCUGGAGGCGGCCCUGGGGACCCUGUCUUCGGCGGAGGUCUGCGCCGGCAUCUAUGACGUCCUGCUGGCGCUCGUCUUCCUUCACGAGCGGGGAAACCUGACGCACAACAACGUCUGCCCGUCUUCUGUGUUUGUGAGCGAAGAUGGACACUGGAAGCUAGGGGGAAUGGAGACGGUGUGUAAGGUGUCCGAAGCCACCCCGGAGUUUCUGAAGAAGAUCGAGCCCGUGAGGGACCAAGCGGCCAUUCCUCCCGAAGAACUGGCCGCGGAGUUCGAGACGCUGCCAGAGGCCCACGGACACGCCCGUGAUGCGUAUUCAUUCGGAAGGAUGGUGGAAGGUUUGCUCGCGACCGUAAGUGACCAGGUUUCAGCCGACGUCCUCUCCGGCUUUGAGCGCACCUUGCGGUCUACUGUGCUGAGCCCCGAUCCCCAGAGUCGGCCAGCGCUCCGCACCUUGCUGUCCCAUGACUUCUUCAGAAACGACUUCUUAGAAGUGGUGAACUUCCUGAGCAGUUUGACGCUAAAGAGCGAGGAGGAGAAAACGGAGUUUUUCAAAUUCCUGCUGGACAGAGUCAGCUGCCUGUCGGAGGAACUGAUAGCUCUGCGGCUGGUCCCGCUUCUGCUUAACCAGCUGGUGUUCGCCGAGCCGGUGGCCGUCAAGAGUUUCCUUCCUCAUCUGCUGGGUCCCAAACAAGAUCCACCGGGCGAAAAGCAGAUGAGCCACUUGCUGUCGCCGGCUCUGUUCCAGGCGCGAGUGAUCCCGGUGCUGCUGAAGCUGUUCGAGGUUCACGAGGAGCACGUGCGCAUGGUGCUGCUGGCCCACAUCCAGGCCUACGCCGACUUCUUCACUCAAGACCAGCUGAAGAACCUCAUCUUGCCGCAGGUGUUGCUGGGCCUGCGAGAUACCAAUGACUCCAUCGUGGCUAUAACCCUGCACAGCCUGGCCGUGCUAGUGUCUCUCCUUGGCCCCGACGUCGUGGUGGGAGGAGAGAGGAGCAAGAUUUUCAAACGCACCGCACCGAGCUUCAGCAAGACGGCGGACUUCUCCCCGGAAGGCUCUCCCGAUCACAUCAUCCACAGUCAGCCAGCUCAGGCCUUGCCUCUUCCCGACGCCACACCCCACGGGCAGGAAGACGGCCUCCCUCGCCCGCCGACAGGUGGGCGGGUCCCUCAGCCCCCGGAGCCGUCCGUGAACGGCAUCCUGGGCGGCGGCGGGAACUUGCCAGCCAGUUCGGCGCGGCCGGGAGAAGAGUGGCCCGACUGGAGCGAGCCCGAGGAAGAGACCGACGGCAUACGGGUGUGGCCGGUGGACCGGCGGCCCUGGGACCACGGUGAGCCCGACGCCGCUCCGAGCCCCGCCCCGGCGGGAAGGGAGAAGCCAGAUCCUGCCCUGCCGCCGCCGCCCCGGGAAUCCGAGAGCCUAAAAGCGAGCCUCCCGCCGGGCUCCAGUUCCGGGGGCGGCCCGACCAGGUCUCCCAAGUUCCCUGCCGAGUCGGGCUUAGGAGAGGAGUUCACGAUCCGGGUGAAGAGGAAACCGGCGCGGGAUCCGGAGCUGGACUGGUUUGCCGACAUGAUCCCAGACAUCAAACCCUCCGCGGCUCUCCGGAUCCUGCCCGAUCCGAGCCCGGACCCGGCGGCCCCCGGCCGCGCGGACCCUCCGCCCGCGGUUCGGUUUUCCUCCAAGUUUGCCGCCGUCGAAGUCGCCGAGGCCGAGGCCGGAGGCUGGGGAGAAGAAGGGGAACUCACCUGGGAAGAUGACAGCAGCUGGUGACAGCUCGUGGAAACCAACGAGACUACAGCGACUGAGUCGUUUUCUUCCUCGAUCUGUUGAAUUACCUCAACAAGUAGGCGCUUAGCACAGGGGGCGGGAGUGGCCCAGACCUUAUUUUUCCUGUACCAGGAAGCCGUUUUUUCCCCCCAGGCUGUCCCGACAGCCGUCAGCUCUGUGCUAAAAAAGCCAUAGAUGUGGACCUGAGGUUCCCCCACUGGAUUCUGGGCGGAGAGGCCGCGCCGGAGGGCUGGAGCCGAGUGGCAGAAAAGAUUAUGCCUCAGGAAAACGAAAAUUCGAUUUGGCUGACUUACCCCGCUGUUCACUGUGCCACUUUCCUGCGUUCAAAAGAGCCCCCCCUCUUAAAAACUCCCAGAGGGGCUUGCCGACGUUCGACCCGGGAAAAGGUUUUUUAGACUGCCCGACUCCGGACUUAUUUAUUUGUUUACGCACGUGGUCCCGGGAUCAAAAGGCCCGUUCCACGCCAUCCGCCUGUCUCUAAAUACGUCCAAUAAAGAUUAUUUUCAGGAGAUGAAA